CACUCAAGCAUUCAUAGAGCCACCAUUUUAGCCAAGAGCAUGGCACACAGGAUAUGACAUCAUCCUUUGAUCUUGUACAGCUUUAAUUGGAAACCGACUUCCUGUUUCUUAUCCAUAUAUGUGUGUAUGUAGUACUCUAUGCGGAAAUCACGAGAUUGGCGAAGACGUAAGAUAGAAUUAUCGAUUACAUUAUGGAUGAUAAGAUAAGAACUUUCCCACUUUGUGUCUUGACCACGUGGUAGCACGUGUCUCGUAUAGCAUCUAUUAUACGGAAUUAGGAAUGUGUUUUACGGUAGAUUACUGAGUUUGAUCAUGGAGGAACUUUAUUCUUCAGUAAUAGAGGGAGGGAGGAUACACAGCGUGGACUGGUCCAGUCUUAAUCUGUUAGCACUCAGUAUCUCUCUCACUAAGAAUGGAUACGUGGGAGAAGGAUUUGGAAGCUCAAAAACUCACCAAUUAUUAGUAGUUGAUGCUAACAGACCAUGGGAAUAUCACGUUGUGUAUGGUGACAAUAAGACAGUCAGUGUUAAUGUGAAAUGGUCUCUCUCGGGAAUGCUGUUGUUAUCAGUAGAACAAGACUCUGUUGCUAGAGUAUGGAGAAUGAAAGUAAGUGAGGGGAGGGACAAAAUAAGAAAUAAGGUCAACUUUACAAGUAAUUUCACACAUAUAAUCUAUUAUUGUCAAUGGUUAUGGGAAAUUUUGAAGCAACUUUAA